GUAGAUUUUUUAUUUUAUGAUUAUUAAAUUCUAUAUCCAUCAUUUCAAAUUGAAGAUGUAUCAUCAACUGGGCUAGGGUUCAUAAAACUCAGUCGUUUACAAGAAGGAGGGAAACGGCGGCUAUAGCGAAACUCGCUAGUCGUUUUACGUUCUCUCUAUUCCUUUCCGUUUCGCGUUUCUCUUUCUCUCUCUAAACGUAACCGUUUUCUUUCUCUCUCUCUCUCUCUCUCUUUUUCUCUUGGAGAUGGAUGGUACGGUGCUUGAUGAUAUCAUAAAGAAGCUUGUAUCAGCGAAGAACGGAAGAACAACGAAGCAAGUUCAUCUUACCGAGGCUGAUAUUCGUCAGCUUUGUACUUCUGCUAAGGAGAUCUUUCUCAGUCAGCCUAAUCUUCUUGAACUUGAAGCUCCUAUCAAAAUUUGUGGAGAUGUCCAUGGCCAGUUUUCAGACCUUUUAAGGCUGUUCGAAUACGGGGGAUACCCACCUGAGGCAAAUUACUUAUUUCUUGGAGAUUAUGUUGAUCGUGGUAAGCAGAGCAUAGAGACAAUAUGCUUGCUCCUUGCAUAUAAAAUCAAAUACAAGGAGAACUUCUUUCUUCUCAGGGGCAACCAUGAAUGCGCCUCCAUCAAUCGUAUUUAUGGUUUCUACGAUGAGUGCAAGAGGAGGUACAAUGUUCGUCUCUGGAAGACGUUUACUGAUUGCUUUAAUUGUUUACCGGUUGCUGCUCUAGUAGAUGAGAAGAUCCUUUGCAUGCAUGGGGGACUUUCUCCUGAACUUAAAAACUUGGAUCAGAUACGGAAUAUUGCUCGCCCUAUUGAUGUGCCAGAUCAUGGCCUUCUCUGUGACCUUCUGUGGGCUGAUCCUGAUAAAGAUCUUGAGGGAUGGGGAGAAAAUGAUCGAGGUGUUUCAUUCACAUUUGGGGCUGACAAGGUUGUCGAGUUUCUUGAGCAUCAUGAUCUUGAUCUGAUAUGUAGAGCUCACCAGGUUGUAGAAGAUGGAUAUGAGUUUUUUGCCAAACGUAAGCUGGUGACUGUAUUCUCUGCACCAAAUUACUGUGGUGAGUUUGAUAAUGCCGGUGCUAUGAUGAGUGUGGAUGACUCAUUGACAUGCUCUUUCCAGAUACUGAAGUCUUCCGAUAAGAAGGGCAAAGUUGGAUUUGGCAAUAACUCAUCAAGACCUGGAACUCCACCUCAUAAGGGUGGGAAGAAUUAAUUAACAUACUCGAGCUAUGUAACUAUAAGGUCAGUGAGCUGGAUGAUGGCUUUCAUUCUCCACAUAGGUUAAAGGUUUAUAUUUCUGCUACCUGGCAUGGUUGAUGAUUCACAAGAUGUUUACAUUUUCCCUGCCUUCCUUUGCAACGAUAACUGAAGACAGUAUGGCAGGGACAUGGCACUUUUUAUUGUGCGACUUCAAUUGACCCCCUAUCCUUGUUUCUUUCUUUCUUAUUUUUUUUAGUUUCUUUUCUUCUUCUUCUUCUUAUUAUUAUUGAUGUACAAUGGAAAUUCAAACUCCAUAAAGGGUGAUCUUGUUAUGGUAUUGCGAAAAUUUUAAUAUAAGAUUGCUUCGACUUUA